UUGGGCCUCCGCAGAUGGUUGAGGUGCCAUCUGGCACCUUAAUCCUUCCUCGUUGAACUCGAUGCAUCCGCGGCGUCCAGACGGUUUCGAUGGCUUGGGCUAUAGGGGUGGAAGCAGCAGCCGGGAGUUUCCUGGGGGCAACAGUUUCUCCGCAAAGUCCUUCAGCUCCUCUGACCUGAGCCACUGGGUGACCACUCCGCCCGACAUCCCUGGCAGCCGCAACCUGCACUGGGGGGAGAAGAUCCCACUUUAUGGCCCUGGAGCAGCCUCCACCCCGGUCGGGGGGUCCUGCGAGGAGCCCUAUCCUGGUGGCUGCAGCAGCGGGCCCGGGGCUAGUAGUGAACAGUUAAAUAGAUUUGCUGGAUUUGGUAUUGGACUUGCAAGUCUGUUUACAGAAAAUGUGUUGGCCCAUCCUUGCAUUGUUCUUCGUCGACAAUGUCAGGUUAAUUAUCAUGCUCGACAUUAUCACCUCACUCCAUUUACAGUCAUCAAUAUUAUGUACAGCUUCAACAAAACCCAGGGUCCAAGAGCCCUUUGGAAAGGAAUGGGAAGCACAUUUAUUGUUCAGGGGGUCACACUUGGAGCUGAAGGAAUCAUCAGUGAAUUCACACCUUUGCCAAGGGAACUUUCUCACAAAUGGAGUCCUAAACAAGUGGGAGAACACCUUCUACUUAAAGGCCUAACUUAUGUGGUGGCAAUGCCUUUUUAUUCAGCGAGCCUGAUCGAAACUGUUCAGAGUGAGAUAAUUCGGGACAAUGCUGGAAUUUUGGAAUGUGUAAAAGAAGGAAUUGGCAGAGUAAUAGGCUUGGGAGUGCCUCAUAGCAAGCGUUUGCUCCCACUUCUUGCUUUGACCUUUCCCACUGUUUUGCAUGGAGUUCUUCAUUAUAUCAUAAGUUCUAUCAUCCAGAAGUUUGUUCUACUGGUUCUGAAAAGGAAGAAUACUCAUAAUCAUCCAUCUGAAAGUACCAGUCCUGUGCAGAGUAUAUUGGAUGCUUAUUUUCCUGAACUGAUUGCAAACUUUACUGCCAGCCUCUGCUCUGAUGUUAUGCUUUACCCACUGGAAACAGUUUUGCACCGUCUUCAUAUUCAAGGAACACGUACAAUAAUUGACAAUACAGACCUUGGCUAUGAAGUGCUUCCAAUCAAUACUCAGUAUGAGGGAAUGAGAGACUGUAUCAAUACUAUAAAGCAAGAAGAAGGAAUGCUUGGUUUUUAUAAAGGGUUUGGCGCUAUCAUAGUACAGUAUACACUGCAUGCAGCUGUUCUUCAGAUUACCAAAAUUAUUUACUCUACACUGCUUCAAAGUAAUGUUUAAAACAGAGAUCCAUCACUCAUUAGUCAAGGAAACAUAAUCUGGACUCAACUACUAUGAAAUUAUGAAGAAAAAAUGAAUAUCAUAAAAAAUGGUUAGGAAAACGAAAUUGGUGAAAAAGAGUUCAUGGUGACAAUUUUUAUUAUAAAACAUAACUGCUUUAUUUUAGGGAUCAAAAAUACUCUAAAUUUCCAAAUCAUAACAAAAUAGUACUCAUAAGAUUAAUAUGGGGUUGCUGAGCUGCUGGAUUGAAAAAUAAUACUCUGAACAGAAGCAAAUAUUUUUCUUGACAUAUGAAAAGGUGUUUGGGCAUAAAAAUUUAUCUUGCCUCAAUAUUUAUUAUCUGUUUAAACAUCUAUAUUGAUAUUAGAAUGGUAUCUCUAAGAUAUCCAUUGAGUUACAGGUCAGUUGAUUUGUAUCUUAAUGAUAGCAAUUACAUGUAGUCAACCAUGAAACAGCCAAGAUAUACCUUGCAAACUAUGAGCAGGAGCUUGAGACUUUGUAUUUUUUAAAUGUGUUGUCAAAGUAUAGUUAUAAAAUAAUAAUUAGUGGAAUACAGACAAGUUGCUAUUUCUAAAAUUUUUCUCCAUAUCAUCCUCCAUAUUCAUUUUAUAUACUUCCUAAUUGACUCUACUGCAAGAUUAGCCUAAAAUGAAACUAAUGGUAUACUUUCUAUUUGUAUCUCACCAAUGAUGAAACAUAUAGAAUGUAGACUCAAUUAUUUGGUAAUAAUGAGGCAGAAUAAAUUAAUUGGUUUUCCACAUCCACAGUAGUGAUUCACCAUUAUCAUUAAUUCUAGUUUUGCCAGCAAUUUAAUGCAGGUAUGAUUUACUUGUAUAUAUGAACCAUCAGGAUACUAUUUUUGAAACCACUUUUCAAACAUUAACCACACUUAAAAGUAUAUAAGAUGUAGAAUUAUCAUGAGAACUGAUUAUUACUAAUAUCUACUUUUAUAAAUUGUGUUUUGAAAAAAGUCUCAAAAUAUUUGGUUUCAGAUUUCCUUGACCUCCAGUAGAUAAAACCAAAAUUAAUGUAAUAUUUGUUGCUCUUUUUUCUUUCUUGUAGUGAUAUUCAAUUAAUUUCCUUUUAAAAAUUUAGUUUUUGAGACUUUGCUUAAAACUUUCCAAAUUACAAGUGCAUAAGGAGCAAAACAAGGCUACUUCUAUUGUUUUUUAUUUAAUUUGUUCUUUGGAUGAGCACUGAGAAAACACACUAUAACCCUGAAAGGGAUUUUGGUCAUGGGUGGUUUUCUUUUUUCUUAAUCAGUUUCUUGGAAGAACACAAUUUAAACAAAUGAGGGAAAAAACCUUAAAGGAUUCAGUUUUAAGGAAGAGAAAAAUUCUGCCUUCUGAAUUAGCUUUGGUGAGUAGGUUCUUUGCAAAGUAAAUUAAUGUGUAUUUAACAUAGCAUUCAUUAAGGACACUAUAAUUUAUUUCUCAUUAAUAAUCCAUAAAUUAACUGGGAGCAUUUAACAUCUUGAAAUUCAUUAAUUCAUGAAUACAAGAAAAAUGAAAUUUUCUUGUACAUGUUAAAUGACAGGGGAAUGGUUACUUAGCAUUAUUAUUUUGACUUUUGUAGUGAAAUUCUCUGAAAGUUUAAUGGAAACACUUAGAACACAGAAGUGUUGUAAUAAGAAAAUAAUGGUAUCUAAAUGGCCUAAGUGUUUAUAAAUCAGGACUCUACUCUCUUCUAAGUUGUCCAUGUAAAAUGUGGUUUUUUAAAAAAAGUAAAAUUGCUAAAGCAUAAACAGUUUCCAUUUUACAUGCCAUAUUCAAGGAGGGAAAGAAUAAAAUUAAGAACUACUCAAAUGCUGAUUUCUUUGGUUAACCUUUUUAUAUUUUUGGUCUACCUGCUUCUCUGAUUGUUGAGUUGCUAUCUUUUUUGUUUAACGUUCAAUUUUUUAAUUGUUUUCUCAAUUGCAUGUAAAAAAAUUUUAAUGUUUGUUUUUGAGUUCCAUAUUCUCUUGCCCCUCCCAUUGCCAUCUUUGUGAAGGCAAGAUAUUUGAUAUAGAUUAUACAUGUGCAGUCCUGCAAAAUAUUUCCAUAUUAGCUAUGUUACAAAAGAAAACA